CUCAACUGACUGUUCCAAUCCCAUAUAAUUCAUUUCAAAAUUCAGAAGAAAAGGGAAAGAAAAGCACCAGGCGGAAAUGGAUUUGGGAAAAAUUUCAAGGGCAAACUCCAUGGACGAAGAAUUCGAAUUCUUGGAAAUUGAAGACGGAGAAGAACUCUUGGGUCUCACACACUGGGAAUUCAUCGACGCCUCCGACGCCGACUCAGAGGAAAACCACCACCACCACUGCUCCGACUCCGAACAAACGGAUAAAGACGAAGAAGCAAAUCGGUUCGAUAGGCUUAUCAUCGGGCCCGCUUCAUUUUCCCCUUCGAUCCCUCCGCCGGUGGCCGAUCCGAUCCCCGCCCAACGUCGUCGCCGCCCCCAUCUCGUCCGAUUUGUGGAUGUGGGUCUCAAUCUCAAACUCCGUAGCGAUUGGGACGACGGCAGCGAUGAGGAUGAGGGUCAUGGUGAGGAGGAGGAGGAGGAGGAGGAUGGGUAUGGAUUAGACGACGAGCUGGUGCCGUGGUCGGUGAGCGACAAGUUCGGGCGGCAGAGGAUGAGGAAAUUGGGGAAGAGGAUGAUUCCGAAGACGAACAAUUCGAAGCGGUCUCCGUACAUGGUUGCGAGGCCUGGCUGCGUUCGCGGGAAGCAUGGCCUGGGAUUGAAGCAUAUUUACUGACAAAGAUUGGAGCUUUGGAGAUUUGGGUAUCUUUUUAUAACUGGGAUUAGAUGUAUUUAAUUUAAUAUGUUAAUUUGGUAAAUAUGGGGGGUUUGGUUUUAUGUUGAUUCUGUGUCUCUGUCCGACUUAUGAUGUUUCAUCAUCAUUUAAGAAUAUAAUAUAUUUUGUUGAUGACGUUACUGUCUGUCUAUGUUUUGUUAUUUGUUCUA